AUGACGGUAAAAACUCGUGCAAAUGCUGCGAAAAAACACGAAAAAUGCGAAAAUGGAGAAAAUGCUCAAUAUUUGGCAAUAAAUCCUGAUGAAAUUGCAAAACUUCAAGAAGAAUCCAAAAAAAUUCCAUACAAAAUGGAGAUUGUUUGGAGAAAUGUCGCACUUUUUGGAGCACUUCAUUUUGGAGCUGCUAUUGGAUUGUAUCAAUUGAUUUUUGACGCGAAAUGGCCUACUGUCCUUUUUAGUGAGUUUUUUGGGAAUCAUUUGGGAGAAUUCAGAAAUUUUUAGAAAAAAUUUUUUUCAAAAAAUCAGAAAUCGGAAACUAAAAAGUUUUGAUGAAAAAUUACGUUUUCGACAAUUUCUGAAUUUUUUUGUACAGAAUGGUUUUCAUCUGAAUUAACUCUUUUUUUUAAUUUCAAAAAGUUGUUCUACAAUUAUUAUUUGACGAUUCCUCUUUCAUUUUCAUACCUGAAUCACCCCAUUUCUCCCAAAAAAUUUUUGGAAAACCCAAAAAAAAUUCCCUAGAUCAUUUUGUGAGUGUUCUAAUUUGUGUUGAUCAAACAUUUCAUUUUUCCAAUUCCUCUCAAAUUGAUAACGCUACAAAUUGUUGCGAAAAAUCGCCUGAUUUUAUUCGAUUCCGUUUCGUUUCCUCAAAAAACAUUCAAGUAGUCACGUUUUUUCAACCUCCAAUUUUUGAAACAUAAAUUGUCCCGAAGAUGAUAAAUUGCAACGAGGUAGAAAAUUCUUAUCACUUACAAAAAUGAAAACAAAAAGAACAAGCAAAAAAAAGUGAUAAUAAUCGAAUGAUCAUCGUCCGAUUUUUUCAGCCUUCAUGAUGUAUGUUUUGGGAGGAUUUGGAAUAACAGCCGGUGCACAUCGAUUAUGGUCACAUAAAUCAUACAAAGCCAAAACACCAAUGAGAGUUUUCUUAAUGUUAUUGAAUAAUAUUGCACUUCAAAAUGACAUUAUUGAAUGGGCUCGUGAUCAUAGAUGUCAUCAUAAAUGGACUGACACAGAUGCUGAUCCACAUAACACAACUCGCGGUUUCUUUUUCGCACAUAUGGGAUGGCUUCUUGUUCGUAAACAUCCACAAGUUAAAGAAGCAGGAGCUAAAUUGGAUCUCUCUGAUUUGUUAAGCGAUCCAGUUUUGGUUUUCCAACGCAAACAUUAUUUCCCAUUGGUUAUUCUUUCGUGCUUCGUUUUUCCAACAAUUGUUCCAGUUUAUUUCUGGGGAGAAUCUGCAUUGGUUGCUUUUUAUACUGCUGCCGUAUUCAGAUAUGCUUUCACUCUUCAUGCUACUUGGUGUAUUAACAGUGCUGCUCAUUAGUGAGUUUUUUUUUUAAAAUUAUUGGGAGAUGCGAUUACGCGAUUACUGGUCUAAUGAACUUUAAAAAAUUUACUUCGGCCCACAAAAUUUCAAAUUUUUCAAUUUUCAGCUUCGGAUGGAAACCAUAUGAUCACUCAAUUUCCCCAGUCGAAAAUGUUUUCACAACAAUCGCAGCUGUCGGAGAAGGUGGUCACAACUUCCAUCACACAUUCCCACAAGACUACAGAACUUCUGAAUAUUCAAUGAAAUUCAAUUGGACACGUGUUCUCAUUGAUUCAGCGGCUGCAAUUGGUUUGGUUUAUGAUAGAAAAACUGCAUCGCAAGAAAUGAUUAAUCGACAAGUUGAUUCUCAUGGAUCACACGAUCAUUGGAAAAAAUCAAUGAUGUAA